AUGUUCCCAAUGGAGGGCCUGGUGCGGAAGCUGGACCCAGAUGAGGGGAAGCGAGGGAUAUGCGACGAUGUCCUCUCCUCCAUACGUAACUUCCUCAUCUACGUGGCCCUGCGGCAAGUCACCCUGUUUAUUUUAAAGAAGUUGAGCAGCAUCUGA